CACUCGUUUUCGGAACAUUCCAGAAGCGUUUAGAGCUCGGAGAUAUAUUGGGGUGAGGCGGCAACUGUUCGUCACUCACGUUGCGAAUCGUUGAAACUAUAACAACUUACGCCGAAGUAUUAGAGGCUCUCAGUCUCCUUUAUUAUAUCCAAAGGUAAAACAAAAUCAGCCACAAUGUCGAAAGCACCCGCUGUUGGUAUCGAUCUUGGAACAACUUACUCCUGUGUCGGAGUUUUUCAACAUGGAAAAGUCGAAAUCAUCGCUAAUGACCAAGGAAAUAGGACUACUCCCAGCUAUGUCGCAUUCACCGAUACUGAACGACUCAUUGGCGAUGCUGCGAAAAACCAGGUCGCCAUGAAUCCCAACAACACCAUUUUCGACGCUAAGAGACUGAUUGGUCGCCGUUUCGACGACGCCACAGUCCAGGCAGAUAUGAAGCACUGGCCAUUCACGGUAAUCAAUGACAACACCAAACCGAAGAUCCAGGUCCAAUACAAAGGCGAAACCAAGUCCUUCUAUCCCGAAGAAGUCUCCUCAAUGGUCCUUGUCAAGAUGAAGGAAACAGCCGAGGCAUAUCUCGGUCAAACCGUCACCAACGCUGUCAUAACAGUCCCAGCUUACUUCAACGACUCGCAGCGUCAGGCAACGAAGGACGCUGGCACUAUCUCGGGUCUGAAUGUUCUCCGAAUAAUCAAUGAACCAACAGCCGCAGCCAUCGCCUAUGGUCUUGAUAAGAAGACCACAGGUGAACGUAACGUCCUGAUCUUCGAUCUUGGUGGUGGUACCUUUGAUGUCUCCAUCCUAACCAUUGAGGAUGGUAUCUUCGAGGUGAAAUCAACAGCUGGUGAUACUCAUUUGGGAGGUGAAGACUUCGACAACAGAAUGGUCAAUCACUUCGUUCAGGAGUUCAAGCGAAAAUACAAGAAGGAUCUCACUAGUAAUAAGAGGUCUCUUCGUCGUCUGAGGACAGCCUGCGAGCGUGCGAAGAGGACACUCUCUUCCUCGACCCAAGCCAGCAUCGAGAUUGAUUCGUUGUUUGAGGGAACGGACUUCUACACGUCAAUCACUCGUGCUAGAUUCGAGGAGCUGUGCGCCGACCUCUUUAGAGGCACCCUCGAGCCAGUGGAGAAAUCCAUUCGUGACGCCAAAAUGGAUAAGGCACAAAUCCACGAGAUUGUUCUUGUGGGAGGCUCCACCCGUAUCCCCAAGAUUCAGAAGCUCCUGCAGGACUUCUUUAAUGGAAAGGAAUUGAACAAGUCCAUCAAUCCUGACGAGGCUGUUGCCUAUGGCGCUGCUGUUCAGGCAGCUAUUCUUCAUGGAGAUAAAUCCGAGGCUGUACAGGACUUGCUUCUGCUCGAUGUAACUCCAUUAUCACUUGGAAUUGAGACUGCUGGAGGUGUGAUGACUGCCCUCAUCAAGAGGAACACCACCAUUCCCACUAAGCAAACCCAAACCUUUACCACUUACGCUGAUAACCAGCCUGGUGUGCUGAUCCAGGUUUAUGAGGGAGAACGAGCCAUGACAAAAGAUAAUAAUCUCUUGGGCAAGUUCGAGCUCUCGGGUAUCCCACCAGCUCCUCGUGGUGUACCUCAAAUAGAGGUCACCUUCGAUAUCGAUGCUAACGGCAUUCUGAAUGUCUCUGCUGUUGAUAAAUCAACUGGUAAGGAGAACAAGAUCACUAUUACCAAUGACAAGGGACGUCUUAGCAAAGAAGACAUCGAGAGGAUGGUGAAUGAGGCUGAGAAGUACAGGAGUGAGGAUGAGAAGCAGAAGGAGACAAUCUCAGCUAAGAAUGGAUUGGAGUCGUAUUGCUUCAAUAUGAAGAGCACUGUUGAGGAUGAGAAACUGAAGGACAAGAUCCCUGCCAGCGACAAACAGGUUGUUCUCGACAAAUGCAAUGAGAUCAUCAAAUGGCUCGAUGCCAAUCAACUUGCAGAGAAAGAGGAGUAUGAGCACAAACAGAAGGAACUGGAGUCCAUUUGUAAUCCUAUUGUCACCAAGCUGUAUCAGGGUGCUGGAGGCAUGCCUGGAGGAAUGCCUGGAACUAUGCCAGGAGCUGGUGGUGCACCAGGAGCUGCUCCAGGAGGUGGAGCUUCGGGACCUACCAUCGAAGAGGUUGAUUAAAUUAAUCGAUGUUGAGGAGAGAGGACUUUUUCGAUUCUAGAGCAUUUUCGUAUUCACACCUUUCGAAAAUUCGGACGAGACUUACGAGGAACAGAAAAACAUAGAAAAUGACGAUAUCGCUUUGAUUAACAUUUGUCACAUGAUAGAAUUGUAACCUUUUUUUUUAUAUGCAGAUUACGGUGUAACUUUAAUAAUUUAUUCAGCAACAUUCAAUUUUGAAAUAUUGUAAUAGAGAUGUGAUUCUUCUUUCUAUGUAAAUAAAGCGGUUCUGUUCCACACCUAUCAAUCGAA